AUGCCCUACUUCAAGUCGAGCCAGGAAUGGGUCGAGCAGUCGGUCCUCCUCCUCGAGGCCCGCCCCUCUACCACCCGAAUCACGACUAGAUACUCCAUCGGGACUGCCCGGCCCGGCGCCAGGAAGCUGCAGGAAGGCGACGCCGCCGCCUCGACGGACACGGACGUCGCGGCAGCCAAGCCCCCCCGCGGCAGCCUCGUCCUCAAGACGUACGACCCCGUGAGCGGCGUCACGCUCAAGUACCGCACCGCAAAGGCCGCAGAGGUCUCCCGCCUCGUCUACUCGGCCCUGGGCCGGCUCGGGAGGGUCAUGGCCGCCGUACCUGCCGAGGACAUCGACGAGCCCAUGCUGGACGCUCCGGCGAGCACCGACGUCGCCGCCAAGGACAGGCCCGAGUCAGCGGCCGCCGCGCAGGCCCCCCAACAAGGAGGAACUGCGAAAAGAAAGAGAAAGGGUCGGAAAUGA